CGCCGGAUCGUUGGUGGGUGCAUAUAGGAGGCUAUGGUGGGUGCAAUACGAGUUGGUGGAGCUCCUCAAAACAACUCUUGCGCGUUGUUUUGAGGAGCUCUAUGGCAACAUUACAUGAAUCUGCGGGCACAACAGUGACAUGUCUACUGACGGUAAGCAACGGCGGCCCCCGAAGAAAGCUCAGACUCGAACCAGCGAAUCUGCGUGGCCUAAAAGACGCCGUGAGCAAGUGCCAACUGUUGUCCGUUGAGAUAGACUGCGACAAUGACAGAUUUCAGGUUCUCAACAAGGAGUUCAAUGAAUAUGUUGACCUGCUGAAUGAGGACACCAUUCCUGAUUUGGCCAUCAUACGGACUUUAAAAGCAGGCCAACUGUUUACAACACGCGAGCGUACUGUCCCAGGCAAUGGCCACAGCAAUUCCAAAGAAGCUGCUGAGCAAAGUUUCAGCAUUAUAGCUAGCUGUGAUGAUGACGACAGCGGGAGCAAGUUUACACUACCAGACUUGAGUUUUUUAAAUGCUAGUUUGAACCUCAGCAGCAGCAUCAGUUCCUUUGCCACAGCGAGGAUUGUUGACUCCUUGUUUCAAGAAAUGAUAAAGCACACAAUCUACCCAUCGCGGCGCUUCUAUCACGAUGUUGGGCUUAAACUAGUCGGACUCUACCUUCAACUGGAAGACACAUGCGGCAGUGGCCAUGAUUCCUGGGUCUUGCAUCUAAGAAAUAAAUUUAAAAACGAGCGGCGCAAGCUGCAAGUGGAUCGAGUCAUGAAUGCCAGAGAAAAGUAUGGAGCAGGGUCCAAAAGAAGAGCUGUGGAGGGCAUUGUGCCGGCAGAAAACAAAGUGAAUGGCAUUUUGAUGCAAAGCCUGAAAACCACAGGUGAAGAUGAGACAAGCCUUGCGCAGCAUGAAGCAUGGCUUACAUUAGAAUGGACAAAGCCAGAAAAUGCUGAGCAAGUACGCUGCCGUCUGGGCGUUACGCACCUACAAAGAAUGAAAAGCUUGUGCCAAAUGAAGGCAGUUGAUGCGCUUGAAAAUACCCUUACUUGCUUGAGAUCGAAUGGUUUUUUCAUGACUUCAACCUUUUGGUCAAAAAAGACGGGCUAAAAGCCACCGACGAAGCUUUUGAGAGAAUGCUGAGCCUCAUUCUUAAUGGUACAAUGGUGGCCAGAAGGAAAGGUUUGAAGCAAGUCCUGCAAGUGGAAUUUUCAUAUAUAAGUGCCAGGCGUCGAAAACAUAUCCAAGCUGUACGGGUGUGUGGUCUUCUGGGGAAGGUUCUGAAACAGCCUGAUGCAGUGACACAGCUUUUCGUGCCCUUGGAUGCUGAAGUGCCACUCGCCCCAUGCAUUGUGUUCGAUGGGGUUCCUUCAUGUGGAGCAGACACGGCUUUUUAGAGUGCUGGAUGCCAAACAAGGAAUGGCUGCUGUCAUGGCUGCAUUUUGGAUUUUCGAUGCAACUUACCCAAAAGGCGCAGCAAACCUUCUGUGUGUUUUUGAGCACCUUUUUUUGAAUGUGGAAGUUACCAAACCCAGUUGUGUGACGCGCCGUUUUAUUGCCAGACACAAGGCAGCAUUUUUUACUUAAAUGUAUGCAAUGAGUGUACAUUUCUUGUUUAAUGACAUGUUUUUUUGUUUUCUUUUAUUUUGUUUUUUUUUAAAUAAUUUAAUGUUUUCUAGUCAUUUUUUUGUGUUUUCAAAGUGGGCUUUCCACAAUUUUUCCCCACUUGGAAACUGCUCAUUGUACAUUUUGUUUUUAAUAAUGUCUUUUUGUUACCAUAUUUACUCGAAUGUAACAUGCAUUUUUUCAACAUUUUUGCCUACUUAGGGAACGCUAAAGUCAAAUAACAAUUCAGGUCAGAGUGGAAAGCUCAAGUUUAUGACAUCUAAAAUGACAAUAUUAUCAACAGCAGUGCCCUAUUUACUGAGAAAUUAAAGUAAAUGCAAAGAAUACAUGUACAGCAGCAGGACAUUCUCAAAAUGAUACCGAUAACGUCGGACGAACCACCUAAAAUUAAUCACUAGUAAUCGAUCUAGCUGCACUAAAUAAAGAACCUUCCGUGUAUCAAGGGAGGCAAUAAAAUGCUGCUUAGUUUAGGUUCAUGAAAAAAAGAACCACCAGACGUUAAUAUGGAAAUGGCUCGACUGGUUCAAAAAUUCAAUUUUCGCGUUGUUACACUAGACAGAUCAUGCCAUCUAGCAAGAUGCAGUUGAACCAAAACACCUCUGCGAUCUCGGAGCCAAUGGUAGGAAAUUGAUCAAUGGCUGUUGGUGCUGCCUGUAACUCUCGCUGCUUUCGUUCUGUCUACUAACGUCGGCGAUCAGCGCAGUAAAGCCGGGCAAUGUUGUGCACGGCAUCAGUGACGCUGAGUCGGUUCGUUUUUGUAAGGCGGGUGAUUUGAAGUGCACUAACCCGAUGUAGCCAACGAAAGCGUGAUUUUAUUUCAAAAUAACCUUUCCUUGGCACAAAAGUAACACUACAAGGUUUCUGGACUUCUAUUUCAACAAUCUGCGGUGACUUAAUAGUUGCCUUUAGUGUCCCUUUAAAUUUGACUCUCUAGUUAAGAACAAAUACCGAAAUAACUAUUUUUUCUUCGUGAUCUUAGAGAGAAGUCACUUUUUGCUUAGUCAUAGUUGCAUUACAAUCGAGUAAAUACGGUAAACACAAGUAUCUACGCGAGGUACUGAGUAUUUCUUUCAUUUGUGUAAUGUUUUGCUCUGGUCUUAUCGUUUGCAAUUUUAUUUUUGCUGAUAGUGCUAUGUUCUUGACAUUAAGAAUAUUUUUAUAGUCUUGCCACAUUUCUACAUAUUACAAACUAUUUAUGUUUUGUCUUGUUUAUAGUCAGGAAUCAUCUAAAUAUGAAUGCAAAGAUACAUCACUGUGACAGCCCACAUUGAUUUAAAUGUGCCUGUUUACUGAUCCACAGCAUCAUCUUGCUUGUAUUUACAGUCGGUGCUUCUGUUUUGUUGCAAAACGCCUAUCUACAGUUACGAACGCAGCUGUUAAAUUACAAGCCUUAUAGUUUAGAUAGAUUCCUGUGCUUUUUUUGUAUUCCUAAAUGCGACUAUUGCUCAUAAAGUUUGCUUUCAUACCUACUAUCCUAUUUUACAACAGUAGUUGGGUAGAUAUGGUCGUUAUUCAGUUCACUUUAUAUUAUAAAGUUCAUGUGAUAGUUCAUUGUGAUAUUAAGUGUUACUUUGCACUGUUCGUGCUAAGUUAUAUUCGAAGAAAACAAUGUCUCAGUCAUGAGCUGCUAAAAUGUGUUCAAUUAGUUCAGUGAAAUAUGCUGUAUAUGAAUCAGUGAAAUAUGUUGUUGGCAAGGGCUUAUUACAAGCAUUCUGUGGUGCCCAGCAUGACCCAAUUUGCUUAAUUUUGUAAACAAUAAGAGAUCCAGACAGAGGAGAUCGCAAUAUAGUUCACAUGUCCAUAAUCAAAAUAUUGGGAAAAUAAUGCAUGCUGCACUGCAGUAGUGUUCUUUUUAUGCUUUACUAUACAGUGUGGGUAUGUUGUAUUGAAGCACAUUGAAAUGAAUCACUCAUUAUGAGUGCAAGUAACACCUUUGGUUCAUACUGUGACACACACACCUUGUUUGUUUGGGCUCCAUGACCUCUGUGCAAUGUCUCGUUUGGCAGCAUAUGCAGCGCUGCUCUUCAUGCUUGAAAAAAGUCUUUCAAUAAACCUAAAACUUGUCUAUAAAGCUUUCACAAGUUCAUUGUUUAAUAAAGCUUAACUUCAUGUUUGUACCAUCGGA